AUGAGAAACAUAAGAGAAGUCUUGCAAAAAAACUGGAACAUCAUACGAGCAAAUGCAGACCUCAAGAAAGUUCUGGGACAAAAUCCCACUUUCUCUUAUAAACGGACCACCACGCUCAAAAUGUCUUUUGAAAAAGAUAAACCUUUCUUUUAUCCUCAGCCUGUACCAAACAGAGGUCCCAAAGGUAUGUUCACUUGUAAUCAUUGCGUAGUUUGCAAACACAUGUGGACUGGCAGCAGCUUCACUUUCGUGCACUGUGAUCUAACAGUCAAAUUUCACAACCACUUUGACUGUCAUGCCAUGUUCCUAGUGUACGCUGCUGCAUGUAACUCCUGCCCAGCAUUUUACGUGGGAAAAACUAUCAGAAAAUUAUCUGAUAGAGUGAAGGAACAUUUAUCUGCCAUCAGACGAAAAGACGACAGUAAUGCACUAGCAAGAGCUGUAUGUAUUCUUGGUGUUGUCAUAUUUGAUUUUGUUGAUAUUGAACCUCAUUAUGGAUUGAGAGGAGAAAUAGAAAUAUCAAGAGUGUCUAUUUCUGUUUUCCUUAUUUUUGUGAAUUACAGUGGGCAAAGUAAAGUUCCAGAUAGCACCUUAUAUUUAAGAUUAUCCUACAGUACUAAACCUGAACUGAUUCUGCGACUUAUGCUUAAGGAAUGGCAAAUGGAACUGCCUAAGCUUGUCAUCUCUGUGCAUGGUGGAAUGCAGAAGUUUGAGCUUCAUCCAAAAAUUAAGCAGGUUGUUGGUAAGGGUCUUGUGCAGGCUGCUUUAACAACGGGAGCUUGGAUUUUAACAGGAGGAGUAAACACAGGAGUUGCGAAACAUGUGGGGGACGCACUAAAAGAACAUUCUUCUAGAUCUUGUCGAAAAAUUUGCACUAUUGGAAUAGCACCUUGGGGAGUAAUUGAAAAUAGAAAUGAUCUAAUUGGAAGAGAUGUUAUUGCCCCUUACCAAACACUUCUAAAUCCUUUAAGUAAGUUGAAUGUUCUAAAUAGUAUGCAUUCUCAUUUUCUUCUUGUGGAUGAUGGUACAGUUGGGAAGUAUGGAGCAGAAGAGAAUCUACGUAGACAACUCGAAAAACAUAUUAAUCUACAGAGAAUUCAUGCUAGGAUUGGUCAAGGUGUACCAGUGGUGGCACUGAUAUUUGAAGGUGGCCCUAAUGUAGUCCUUACAGUGCUGGAAUAUCUCCAGGAAGAUCCCGCCGUACCAGUAGUUGUUUGUGAAGGAACUGGUCGUGCUGCUGACAUACUGGCCUAUGUCUAUAAACAAACUGAAGAGGAAGGAUUUCUUCCAGAGGGACUAGAUUCAGAAAUCAUUUUAACAAUUAAAAAGACUUUUAAUUUCAGUCGUAGUGAAGCGGUUCAUCUCUUUCAUACUUUGAUGGAGUGUAUGAAGAAAAAAGACCUUAUCACAGUCUUUCAUAUUGGAUCAGAAGAACAUAAAGAUAUUGACGAGGCAGUUUUGACAGCUCUGUUGAAAGGUACAAGGGUGUCUGCAUUUGAUCAACUUGUGCUUACACUGGCAUGGGACAGAGUUGACAUUGCCAAAAAUCAUAUAUUUGUUUAUGGACAACAGUGGCUGGUUGGAUCAUUGGAACAGGCCAUGUUAGAUGCUCUUGUCAUGGACAGAGUUGAAUUUGUAAAACUGCUUAUUGAAAAUGGAGUUAGCAUGCACAAGUUUUUGACAAUCCCCAGGCUGGAAGAAUUGUACAAUACAAAACAAGGUCCAGUUAGUGCAAUGCUCUUCCAUUUGGUGCGAGAUGUCAAACAGGGAAACAUUGCUUCAGAUUACAAAAUCUCUCUGAUUGAUGUGGGUGUAGUCAUUGAAUAUCUAAUGGGAGGAACCUACAGAUGCACAUAUACAAAGAAGAGGUUUAGAAUUAUCUACAAUAACCUCCAUGGAAAUACACGGAGAUCUGGACGAAGUACAUCUUCAAGCAAUCUCCCUCAACUAAAGAAAAGUCAUGAGUCAUUCGGUAGUCGAGCAGAUAAAAAGGAAAAAAUGAGACAUAAUCAUUUCAUCAAAACAGCACAGCCCUACAAGCCCAAGGUUGACUUUGCUAUGGAACAAGGCAAGAAGAAAAGAAGUAAAGAUGAAGUUGUUGAUAUUGAUGAUCCAGAAACAAAACGUUUUCCAUAUCCCUUUAAUGAACUGCUUGUUUGGGCAGUUUUAAUGAAGCGACAAAAAAUGGCAUUAUUUUUCUGGCAGCAUGGUGAAGAAUCUAUGGCCAAAGCAUUAGUUGCUUGUAAACUAUAUCGUUCCUUGUCUUAUGAAGCAAAACAAAGUGAUGUUGUGGAUGAUGCCUCUGAAGAACUUAAGCAGUGCUCUCAUGAGUUUGGACAGUUGGCAGUUGAGUUGUUAGAGCAGUCUUUUCGACAAGAUGAGACUAUGGCCAUGAAGUUGCUGACUUACGAAUUGAAGAACUGGAGCAAUUCCACAUGUCUUAAACUGGCAGUUUCUUCUAGACUGCGUCCUUUUGUGGCUCACACUUGUACACAGAUGCUGUUGUCUGACAUGUGGAUGGGAAGACUAAAUAUGAGAAAAAAUUCAUGGUACAAGGUUAUUCUCAGCAUUUUAAUCCCACCUGCAAUAUUGUUGUUGGAGUACAAAACCAAAGAAGAAAUGUCUCACAUUCCCCAGUCUGAAGAUGCCCACCAAAUGGCCAUGGAAGAUGGUGAACCUACAGAAAACUUAGCAGAUGAUAUUCCAAUGGACAUAUUUAAAGAAGCAAGAACUUUAGAGCAUUUGGGAAUUAAACAGGAAACUGAGCAUCAGAGACAGAGACGUCUUCCUUUCACUCAGAAGUUCUAUGCAUUUUAUCAUGCACCUAUAGUAAAAUUCUGGUUUAACACGUUGGCAUAUCUGGGAUUUUUGAUGCUUUAUACCUUUGUGGUACUUGUGAAGAUGGAACCAUUUCCUUCAGUGCAAGAAUGGAUUGUUAUUGUUUACAUUUUUACAUCUGCUAUUGAGAAGAUCCGUGAGAUCUUUAUGUCAGAAGCUGGGAAAAUUAAUCAGAAGAUAAAGGUGUGGUUUAGUGAUUACUUCAACAUCAGUGAUGCAGUUGCUAUUGUCACUUUCUUUGUUGGAUUUGCCCUGCGGUUUGCCACUGAUGAAGUGCACACUGCUGGAAGGUUGACGUAUUGUCUCAACAUCAUAUUUUGGUUUGUUCGUCUUUUGGAUUUUCUAGCAGUAAAUCAACGUGCUGGACCAUACGUCAUGAUGAUUGGCAAAAUGGUGGCAAACAUGUUUUACAUUGUGGUGAUAAUGGCUGUUGUAUUGCUGAGCUUUGGAGUACCAAGAAAAGCUGUCUUGUAUCCCAAUGAGAGUCCAUCAUGGGUACUAGCUCGAGAUAUAGUCUUUCAACCAUACUGGAUGAUCUUUGGUGAAGUCUACGCAUACGAAAUUGAUGUUUGUGCAAACAACACUGAGGACGGCUCGAAGAUGCUUUGUGGCGCUGGAACAUGGUUAACACCAUUCUUACAAGCUGUCUACCUCUUUGUCCAGUAUAUUCUUAUGGUUAAUCUUCUCAUUGCAUUUUUUAACAAUGUUUAUUUCCAAGUGAUGGCGAUAUCAAACAUUGUCUGGAAAUACCAGCGUUACCAUUUUGUUUUGGCUUAUCAUGAAAAACCUGUUCUUCCACCUCCGCUUAUCAUCCUGAGCCAUUUGUCUACUUUGUGUUCAUGCAUUUGUAAAAGACGGAAGAAAGACAAGUCUUCAGAUGGACCAAAGCUGUUCCUCACUGAGGAAGACCAAAAGAAACUUCACGACUUUGAGGAGCUGUGUGUUGAAAUGUACUUCCAUGAGAAAAGUGAUAAAUUUCAUUCUGGAAGUGAAGAGAGAAUUCGUGUUACAUCUGAAAGGGUGGAAAACAUGUGCAUUCAAGUAAAAGAAAUUGGUGAUCGUGUUAACUACAUCAAGCGCUCAUUGCACUCUCUGGACACCCAGAUUGGCCAUCUUCAAGAUCUUUCUGUCCUUACUGUGGAUACUUUAAAAACACUAACAGCACAGAAAGCCUCAGAAGCUAACAAAGUUCAUAGUGAAAUCACUCGAGAGCUAAGCAUUUCAAAGCAUUUGGGCCAAAAUCCUAUUGAUGAUGGUCCUUCCAUACCAAAAAGACAUGAUUUUGGAAAUGCGUUUGGGGCAUCAGUCUUGCGGGGUGGACUAGAAACUGAUAUUGAGAAUAAUAAAGCUGCUUCAGUUGAUACAGAAGACUUGCUGAGCCACAGGUUUGGCCAGAAUUUCCCUCCUGAUUCCAGUAAACAGGAGCCAAACAUUCCAGCGACUGGCUCAUCUAUAAAUGCUGCAUCUUCUAGACUCCAUGUUGGAGAUUUUAUUGAGUUAGAGAAACUACAGAAUCUUACUGCAGUUAAGAAAAUGGGCAGUACAUCCAGUAGCAUACCUAGUCAUUCUGUCCAGACUAAGUUCUUUGUUAGCACUCCAUCUCAUUUCAGUUGCAGGAGCUUAUUAGCAUCUGUAGCUGAUCGUGAGCAAGCUGGCCCCAGCACACCUGCUGCAGAAAGUGACAGUAUUAUUGAAUUUGGGGCUUUUGUUGGUCACAGAGAUAGUAUGGAGCUGCAGAGAUCGAAAGAAGCUUCAGUCACGCAGAAAGAGUUGAAAAAACAUGAAGUCCUUGAAAUAUUAAAAGACAGGGCAUCUGUAAACACUGCACAAAAACAGCUGGAAGACACACUAAAUGGUCUUGGUUCUCCUUUCAAGCCUACCCUGGACAUCACUUACCACUAUUCAGCUGUUGAAAGGAAUAAUAUAAUGCGACUGUCUCAGAGCAUUCCAUUUACUCCUGUUCCUCCUAGAGGUGAAGCUGUAACAGUAUAUCAGCUAGAAGAAAGCUCUCCCAGCAUUAUGAAUAACAGCAUGUCAUCUUGGUCACAGAGAGGGCUUUGUGCCAAAAUUGAGUUCCUUAGUAAGGAAGAAAUGGGAGGAGGCUUGCGAAGAGCCCUCAAAGUUGUAUGCACCUGGGCUGAACAUGAUAUUCUAAAACCAGGACAACUUUAUAUUGUCAAGUCUUUUCUACCUGAAGUUGUCAACACGUGGAAAGGCAUCUACAAAGAUGAUACUGUGCUUCACCUCUGUCUCAGGGAAAUUCAGCAGCAAAGGGCAGCCCAGAAGCUCACGUUUGCUUUCAACCAAAUGAAGCCAAAAUGCAUUUUGUAUUCACCAAGGUUUCUGGAGGUUUUUCUUCUUUUUUGCCACUCAGCUGGCCAGUGGUUUACUAUUGAGGAAUGUAUGACUGGAGAAUUUAGAAAAUUUAAUAACAACAAUGGGGAUGAGAUUAUUCCAACUAACAUGCUUGAAGAGACCAUGCUGGCCUUUAGUCACUGGACAUACGAAUAUACAAGAGGCGAGCUUCUGGUGCUUGACCUUCAAGGUGUCUCUGAGAACUUGACGGAUCCAUCGGUUAUUAAAGCAGGAGAAAAGAGGUCACAUGAUAUGGUCUUUGGUCCAGCAAAUCUAGGAGAUGAUGCUGUCAGAAACUUCCGUGCAAAACACCACUGCAACUCUUGUUGUAGAAAGCUUAAACUUCCUGAUCUGAAAAGAAAUGAUUAUACUCCGGAAAAUGUUAUUCUACCUCAAGGUGGUGAUCCUGAUGUAUUAGCUUAGCCUGGAAUCUAUCAGAUACUGGCAACCCAGUCUACAUGAUGCUAUGAAGCUUUAUCUGCACCAUUGAUUGAUUGCAUAACAUGCUUUUUCUUCCUGUGAUGUCAUUCAGAACAAGUAUGUCAGUCAUUGAUGGUACACAUACAAAGAGUACUUUACUAAAAAUACUGCAGUGCUCCUGUAUUCUUUCAGAUGUUGCAUCUGCAGUACUGUGUAAUUUUUGGGUUUAUUCUGGAUAUGUCAGCAUUUGGAAUAAUUGCCAUUUCCUGUACAACUGGAUCAUUACAUAUUUUUAUGUUUUUUUUAAUUGUUCACUGUAGUGGUAAGUGAUUGUUACCUAGUAUUGAAAGACUUUUACUGCACUCAUGAUAUAAUAAAAGAAAACUACAGUUCCGUAUGGUACUGAUUAAUGUGCUAAGACCAGCUUCUGGUUAUUCUGGUGUGUGUGUGUAUAGAUGUAGAGAUGUGUACACACACACACACACACACACACACGCACAUAUAUGUG